AUGAGCAAGGCCGAAGUAGCCCAUAACGAAAACAGCAGCAUCGUCUUGAACCUCGACGACCCCACACAUGGUCCUCAUCCUGGCAAUGCUGGCACAGCUCCAGUAUGCAAUGUUCCUGAACACCAAAGAAAGCCAUCUAAUCCAAUGGCUAUUGGUUUUGGUGCUUUCGCUCUUGGUGCAUUCAUGGUGGGUCUCUACAACACCGGCUUGGUGAUCCACAUCCCUCAAGCAGUGAUGGGCGUUGCACUUGGAUUUUCUGCCAUGGGCCAACUCGUAUGCGGUAUCGGUGAAUUGCUACUUGGAAACACUUUUGGUGGCACCAGCAUGUUGACCUACUCUGGAUUUUGGUUCUCUUACGGUAUCAUGUUCUCUGGUGGUGGUGGUUUCUUUGAUACCGCCAUGGAAAGUGGCAUGCACGAAUUGGAAAUGUGCCUUGGCUUGUGGCAGAUUGCAUUUGCCGUACCAUCCUUCAUCUUUUUGAUUGGUACUUUCAAGCAGCCCUGGCUCAUCCGUGUCCUAUUGCUUCAAGUCUUUUGUACCUUCUUCUUUGGUGGCCUUGGUGCAUUCACUGGUGUCACUAAUCUCACUGUCGCUGGUGGUUGGUUCUCCUUCACUUUGGCUCUUAAUGCGUGGUACAUCAUGGCCUGUAUCCUCCUUGCCGAGGAGAAAAUUGUGCAUCUGCCCAUGUUUUAA